AUGACAAUUAUGCAAGAACGUGGUGGCUGUGCUGUAAGGUGGUUUGGCCUAUUUUCAUUCACCUCCUACGGACCAAUACAGCUGUGCUGCAUAACAACAUUGUAUCGCUCAACAACAGAGUGCAGCGUUGUGUUCCAGAACACGUUCUCCCAUGUCAAGCCUGCCCUUCUUCUGCGUGCUGGAUCUGCACUUGAGUAUUGUCUUCUGAGAUGGAACGCAGUGCAUGCCGGUAAAAGUCCACUGAAGUUUGGGAGAACGGUACAGUCUUCAAGUUCAGAGGCGAAGCGUAUGCCAUGCAGGGACCAGCAAGAAGUACAGGAUAGACAUAGCACUAAAUACUCCCAUCACUACAAGCUCAGAUACUACCACGUAUUCAAUCGGAAUGAACACACCACAGACACACGGCCUGCUCUAGGCAACAGUCACCUGAAAUCUUCACUGCGUUCUUCUGUCAACUAAACAUGGCCUUUUGCUUAUUUUAGCAAACACUUAGUUUUAAUAUUCAUAUUUGCCAUAAGUCCUCCAAUAACUUUAUAAUAACAAAUUAUGUUCAAUCACAGGAUAUGUGAAGUACUUCCUUUAUGAUGUUGGUUUGCCUCCUGAUGAUGGCAGUCGAGACAUGUAAGAAAAAAUAUUUUAUUUGCUUAAUUUUUUAAUCUGUUACACUUGAUGGUUUUAUACUUUUUAUGUAUGAGUUUGCUUUUCCGGACUGUAGCAUUUAGCCCAGUUAUAUGCAGCCUAGUAGCCGGUCACGGUA